AAUAACUAGUCAGUUUUUUUUUUUUUUGUUUGUUUAAUGAGUUUAUAUCCAUAUAUAGGAGGAAAAAAACAAGUCGAAUUAACUAUAUCGUGCUAAAUGAGAUUGAGAAAUAAUACGAUGAUGAUACUUCAGGAUAAAAAAAAAAAAAAAAAAAAAAUUUACGGUGUACGUAUCGUGUACGUUCGUUUGGACGACGUGGUUGACUCGGUCAAACUAAUUUCAUUACCCCUAGCACGAAAGUUAAAGCGCGAACGUAUGCAUGCACAUGCAUGUGUGCAUGUAGCUAGGUACGUAGCUACUACGUACUAUUCUUAGCCCCCUCCUCUCUUUCUCCUCCUCCUCCUCCCUUUCCUCCUCGCCAUGCAAUCCAAACCCCUCCCCACCACCACCCCCACCUCGCCGUAGUCAUCGUUGCGACCGUAUACCCGCCAUGGCGGACGGUGAGUCGCCGUGGCCCCUCCACCUCCUCUCCCUCGUCCUCUCCCUCCUCUCCUCCCUCCGCGGCCCCCCCUCCCCCUCCCCCUCCUCCGAGGCCGCUGCGCUCCUCCUCUUCAAGUCCUCCCUCUCCGCCCCCGACCCCGCUCUCCACAACUGGCUCCCCGGCUCCGCCCCCUGCGAUGCCGGCUGGUCCGGCGUUGCCUGCGGCGCCAACGGCACCGUCGCGGAGCUGCGCCUCGACGGCAUGGGCCUGUCCGGCCGUCUGCCCUCCCUGGCACCGCUGGCGGCCCUCCCGGGCCUCCGCGCCGUCAGCCUCUCCAAUAACGGCUUCCGGGGCCCCCUCCCGGCGGACGUGCGGCGGCUCGGAGCGCUCGCGGAGCUCGACCUGUCGUACAACCGGUUCUCGGGUAAGGUGCCGGAGGACGCGUUCGCCGGCAUGCGGAUGCUGGAGCGCGUCGACCUCUCGCACAACGAGUUGGAGGGCAGGCUGCCGGAGUCGCUGGCGGGGCUGCCGCGGCUGGCGGAGCUGGCGGCUGAGUACAACCGGUUCGAGGGGGAACUGCCGGAUCUCCGGCAGGCGGGGCUGACGGCGGCGAACGUCGCGUAUAACAACCUCGAGGGUCCGAUUCCGACGGGGCUGAGCAGGUUCAAAGCAAGCAUGUUCGAAGGCAACAAAAAUCUCUGCGGUCCGCCUCUCAGCAUCCCAUGCAGCACGUAUUCGCCGCCGUCGCCGUCGAAGAACAUGUCUCUCAUCCUUCUGUUUGCCAUCAUAGUGAUAUCCCUCGGAGUUCUACUUGUAAUCAUAGGCUUGAUCAUGGUCAUCCUCGCGCGCCGCCGUCAGAAAAACAAGCACACAGAACAGAUCUUUCAGUACACCGGUGCAACUGCGAAUAACGAGUCUUCUGACGCUGACGACGAGGCCGAGCUCGGGGCCAUAAGCCACCAACAUGGGGGGCACAAGAGGAGUCACAAGGAAGAGAAGGGGAAGUUGGUGUUUGUAAGAGAGAGGAAGCAAAGGUUUGAGAUUGAGGAUCUUCUGAGAGCUUCAGCUGAAAUACUUGGAAGCGGGAAUUUCGGGUCCUCGUACAAGGCUAAUCUGUUCGACGGGCCUGCAGUCGUCGUAAAGAGGUUCAGAGAAAUGAAAGGAUUGGGGAGAGAAGAGUUUCAGGAGUAUAUGAGGAGGCUGGGGAGAUUGUCUCACCCUAACUUGGUGCCUUUGGUGGCUUACAUGGCUAAGAAGGAUGAGAAGCUGUUGGUCACUGAGCAUGUUCCCAAUGGCAGCUUGGCUCACAUGCUCCAUGGUAAUCGCAGCCCGAACCUUCAACCACUCGAUUGGCCGACAAGACUGAAAGUGAUCAAAGGUGUAGCAAAAGGGCUACUUUACCUCCACGAAGAGCUCCCCGCUUUAACUGUUCCUCACGGCCACCUCAAAUCCUCAAAUGUUCUUCUCAACGAGUCCUACGAACCUGUUCUGUCAGAUUAUGGGCUUGUGCCGGUGAUGAGCCACUCACAUGCUUCACAAGUAAUGGUAGCAUACAAAUCCCCAGAAUUUGCUAAAUAUGGGAAGUUAUCUAAGAAGAGUGAUGUGUGGAGCUUCGGCAUACUAAUACUUGAGAUAUUAACUGGCAAUUUUCCAACCAUUUAUCUUAAAAAGGGAAAUAGUGGCCCCGAUCCAGCGAUGUGGAUCAGUUCAAUUGUUAGAGAAGAGUGUACUGAUAAAGUGUUUGAUGCGGAGAUCUUGAACAGGAAUGAAGAUGGAAGAGUGGAGAUGAUGAAGUUACUUAAUAUAGGACUCAGUUGCUGCGAAGAAGAUGUUCAUAAGAGGUUGGAGUUGAAGGAAGCUAUAAAAAGGAUUGAAGAAGUGAGAGAAAGGGACAUUGAUGAUGAGUACUCUUCAUUUGUUAGAUGGAAUUCGUCGAAAUCAAGGACCGAAGAUUAAUGAGCCCUAUCACUCUCUACAAGAGUUUCAGCAUUCAGAUUACAAUCCAAAACAUUUGAGAAUGUUGACGAUGGGUUAAUCUUAUUGUUGGCAUAAACUUUAUUCUGUAUGUAAUUUGGUGGUGUGUAAAUUAUGGUAGAUUGGCUAAAAAACCUAAAGGUGUCAUUGUAGGGUGUAAGACUUAAUUUUUCUUUUCGCAAACUUAUUGUCUUUCUUCA